UUAGAAAAGGCUGGACAAGGCUCUCUGAACCGGUGGAAAUAAGUCAAACAAAAUUAUGAAAUUGUAACAAGUCACUUGACGUAAAUGAAUUGUGUUACAAAAACAAAAUAAAAAAGAUUGUGGUGCCUUGUUGUUAUAAGUUAUAAUUUUGUCCAGGAUUUAAUCGGCGGCGAGGCGAGCGAGCCGGGUUAAUUUUUUAUUUUGUUAUUGGCAACACUGGUAAAACUCAAAAGUUGUAGCUUUUAUAUACUCUUUGCUAGUAGGAGAGAUGGGAAAAGUUUAAGUUGGUUGUUGUUGUUUUUAUUUGAGACAACUUUGAUAUCAAAAUUAUAAAAAGUGUUCGGGAGUUUAAGACUGCGAAAAAAGAAGAAACUUAUCAGUAUUAAUGUAAUAUGGGCGACGACACACCGGAAGAACGUCAAACUAAUGAACUUAUUGUCUUAAAGUCAAUAUAUGGGGAGUCAGUGGUGGAGGUUGGGGAUGAAGAGGGUAUUUGGAGCGAGGAGGAGCAUACGGCGGCGGGCUGGCGGCCGCUGCACGUGACGCUGGCGCUGCUGCCGCUGCACGACUCUGCCGGCGCGCACUGCUCCCUCACGCUGGCCUUCAAGUGCUGUCCUCUGUAUCCGGAUAAGCCUCCAAAAAUUUCAGUGCGAAGUGUGCGAGGGCUGUCGCUAGAGAACAUGAACAAAUUACUGCAGGAGCUGGAGCGACUGGCGGUGGAGAUGUGCGGGGAGGUCAUGAUAUAUCAGCUGGCCACCCAUACGCAGCAAUUUCUGCAUGAACACAACAAGCCCGUGCUGUCAUUCUAUGAGCAGAUGGUGAGGGAGAAGACACAGCUGGAGGAGAUGCGGCAGCGGGACCUGCAGCUAAAGGAGCACGAGGAGGCGCGGCAGAUGCGCGCGGCGUUGCUGCUGCGCCAGGAGACUCUGGUCGGCGACGUCGCCGACCGGGACGCCGAGGCCGCGGACGACGAUGGGGGGCGACCCGAUUUCCGCCUGCUCUGCGCAGCUACGAGGAGCGCGCGGGCGCGGAGUGGGGUGCCGCGGGGGAGGCGGAUGGCGGCGCUGGCGGCGCUGCACGAGGCGGGCCUGCUGCACGGCGACGUGCGAGCCCGCAACCUCUACCUCGAUCCCGACGGGGAGGUGAGGCUGGUGGGAGCCGCCGUGGACGCCCGCGUGUUGGAGCUGAUGCGCGGGGACGAUUCCUGCGAUAGGUUACGAUUAUAUUUUACAAUUCUUAUCUCUAUUUCGAAAUUUGUAUCGAUUAUUAUUCUCCGAGCGAGCGCGUCGAUUGGUAUGAAGUCGCGGUACGGGCGCUGCGCGCUGGACGUGCAGUGCGCGGGCGGCGUGCUGCUGGCGCUGGCGGGCGCGGCGGGGCCGGGCGCGCUGCCGGUGCGGCUGCCUCUGGACGCGCGGGACUUCUUCGGCGGGUUGCGCGCGCUGGGCGUACUCGCGGGAGGAGCGUCUCGUCUCUCUCUCGACUUCGAGGUGCUCUCGUGGAUCGGUAAAGGCGGCUUCGGCGACGUGGUCAAGGUGAGAAACAAAUUGGACUGCGGCGUGUACGCGAUAAAACGCAUCCAGCUGAACCCGCGCAACGUGGCGCUGAACCGCAAGAUAAUGCGUGAGGUGAAGCUGCUGUCCCGCCUCAGCCACGAGCACGUGGUGCGCUACUACAACGCCUGGGUGGAGUCCAGCGCCGCCCCGCGCGCCGGCCGGCCCCGCGACCCGCCGCGUCUCGAGUGGUCGCUCUCCGGCGCGCCGCCCGCCGCCGCCGCCGCCGCCGCCGCCCCCGCCGACACCGACACCGACACCGACACCGACUCCGACACCGACACCGACGAGCAAGACGACGGUCCAGGCUCGUGGGCGCUGAGCCCCGAGGAAGAUACGAGCGGUAUAGUGUUCCAGGACGAUGAAGACAACUGCAAAGGAGGAGGAGACGGCUCGCAGGGCGCGGUGAGCGGCGGCUCGGAGGGCGGAGAGGGCGGGGAGGGGGUGCAGCACGUGCUCUACAUCCAGAUGGAGUUUUGCGAGAAGCACACGCUGCGGCAGGCCAUCGACGGCGGGCUGCACGAGGACCCGGUGCGGGCGUGGCGGCUGUUCCGUGAGGUGCUGGAGGGGCUGGCGCACGUGCACGCGCGCGGCAUGAUCCACCGCGACCUCAAGCCCGCCAACAUCUUCCUCGACUCCGACGACCACGUCAAGAUCGGAGACUUUGGCCUGGCCACCAACAUCUCGCUGUCGCGUCUCUCCGCCGAAGAUAAAACUAAACCGCAAGAAGAAGGCGACAGCGCGCUCACGGGCGAGGUGGGCACCGCCAUGUACGUGGCGCCGGAGCUGAGGGCGGGUGCGGGUGGUGCGGGUGGUGCGGCGUGUGCGGGGGGCUACAACCAGAAGGCGGACGUGUACUCGCUGGGCGUGACGCUGUUCGAGAUGUUCCACGCGCCGUUCGGCACGGGGGCGGAGCGCGCGGCCGUGCUGGCGCGUCUGCGCCGCCCCGAGGUGCUGCUGCCCGCAGACUUCGACACCGCCGCCAACGCCAAGCAGGUCUACCUGCUCAGGUGGAUGUUGCGACCCGAGCCCGCCGAGCGGCCGACGUGUGCGCAGCUGGCGGCGUCGCAGCACGUGCCGCGCGCCGUGCCGCGGGGUGCGCUGGCCGCGCUGCUGGAGCACGCGCUGGCGGAGCGCGGCUCGCCGGCGCACGCGCAGCUCGUGCGCGCCUGCCUCGCGCAGCGCGCUCAGCCCGCCGACGAGCUGCUGUUCCACGAGCCGGCACGCGCGCACCGCGCUCCGCCCCACCCCUCCCUCCUCCAGCACCUCAUCGAUGCGGUCGUCAACGUGUUCCGCAGUCACGGCGCGCACGAGCUCACCCCGCCUCUCCUCACGCUGCGCGGCGACGCCUGGGAGUCCCGCGCAGACGCCGUGCGCCUCAUGACCGCCGCCGGAGCCGUCUGCCUGCUGCCCUACGACCUGCGCCUGCCCUUCGCCAGGCUGGUGGCCGGCGGCGGCGUGCAGCGACUGCGGCGCUACGCGGUCGGCCGGGUGUUUCGCGAGCGCUCGGCGCGCGGCUACCACCCGCGUGAGGCGCUCGAGUGCGCCUUCGACAUCGUCGCGCCGCGGACCGAGAGCCUGUGGGCGGACGCGGAGGCGGUGGCGUGCGCGGCGCGGUGCGCGCAGGCGCUGGGGCUGCGAGUGGCGCGCCUGCGGCUCGGGCACGCGGAGUUGCUGCACGCGCUGCUGCGCUGUGCGGGACUUCCGGCGGAACGCGCGGCGCCGCUGGUGGGCGCGCUACGCGACUUCGCGCUGGGCCGGCUGGUGCGCCAGCAGCUGCAGACGCACCUGGCGACGCUGGCGCUCGGAGGGAGGCGCGCCGCCAUGCUCAUGCGGCUGGCCGAUGCGGAGCUCCCCGUGCCCGAGCUGCCCGACCUCAUCGUCCAGGUGCAGCGCGAGCAGUGGGGCGUCGUGCUGCAGCGCGCCGCCCGGGACCUCGCGCUCCUCGAGACCCGCGCGCGCGCCCUCGGCUGCGAGAUCCCGAUAACGGUGGUGCCGCUGCUGGCGUACGGCGCGGAGCAGCACAGCGGUGUCUUCUGGCAGCUGGUGGCGGGCGAGUCGUCGCAGCGCCUGCGCGAGCGGCACGUGGUGGCCGCAGGGGGCAGGUUGCUUUAUUUAGAUUUAUCUCAUAUUCGCGAAAAUUAUUUCCAUAAUAUAUUAUCGAUAAUUUAUUUAUGUAAGCAAAUGUUUAACAGAUACGACGAGUUGGGCGGGGAGAGGGGCGGGGCGGAGGGCGCGCCGCCGGUGCUGGUGGUAGCGGAGGGCGGCGCGGCGCUGGCGCGCGAGCUGUGGGCGCGCGGGCUGCGCUGCACGCUGUGGGAGGGGGAGGAGCGGGAGGCGCGCGCGUCGCCCUCCGGCCUGCUGCUGCGUCAGCUCGCCGAUACCGUGCGGGUCGACUUUUGGGAAGGCAGCAAAGCGCGGGAGAUGGUGCUCGCGCCGGGGGACGCGGUGGAGCUGGUGCGCCGCCACCUGGCGCCCGAAGGCGCAGCGCGCGAGGCGGUGGGCGCGGGGGGUGCGCCGGGUGCGGGGGGCUCGACGGGCACGGGGGGCGGCGAGAGCGAGCGCGGCACCGCGCCCGGUGUGCUCGUCGCCUUCGUCACCGGAGAUGAGAAGCUCAAUAGGAGUUACAGGAGACAAAUCGAGAGCCAGGUUCGUGUGGUAGAUGAGGUGAGAUUUGCAAAACGCGCGGACUUGUUGGAGGAGGCUCAGACGGAGGUGGGGCGGCUGGUGCGCGGUGCGGGGGGCGGUGCGGGGGGCGGGGAGCAGCCGGCGCUGCUGGCGCUCUACAGCAUCCCGGACGGCACGUGCCGGCUGCUGCUGUGA